GCCUGUUGGGGUUCGAGAUCAUGCCUAAUGCCGGGGAUUCCCGCGGGCAGCCGAGACCUCCAGGGUUGGGAUGAAAGAAGUAGAGCAGAUGCAAAAUUUGGAGAGCGCGGGGGCUGGGCGGUCAGUGAGCACGCAGACUGGCAGUAUGACUGGUCAAAUACCAAGACUUUCUAAAGUUAAUCUUUUCACUCUGCUCAGUCUCUGGAUGGAACUCUUCCCAUCUGUGGAGAAAAAGCAAAAAUUACAGAGAAAGGAAGAGGACAAACGUGGACCCUUGGGAGAUAAUACAGAUGUGGCCAGAGUACCUAUUGACAGAAAACAGGUGAAGAAAACUGGUCUUGUGGUGGUGAAAAACAUGAAAAUUGUUGGUCUCCAUUGCUCUAGUGAAGAUUUACAUGCUGGGCAAAUUGCUCUUAUUAGACACGGGUCAAAGAUGAAAAACUGUGAUCUUUAUUUUUCCAGAAAGCCAUGUUCAGCUUGUUUGAAAAUGAUUGUAAAUGCUGGAGUGAACCGAAUUUCCUACUGGCCUGCUGAUCCAGAAAUAAGCUUGCUUACUGAAGCUUCCAAUCCAAUGAGUACUGGAGAUGCAAAACUAGAUGCCAAAGCGGUGGAAAGACUGAAGUCAAACAGUCGGGCCCAUGUGUGUGUCUUGCUUCAACCUUUGGUGUGUUAUAUGGUGCAGUUUGUAGAGGAAACCUCCUACAAAUGUGAUUUUAUUCAAAGAAUUGCAAAAACGCAGCCUGGCUUUAACUCUGACUUUUAUUUUGAAUGUAAACAAGAAAGAAUAAAGGAAUAUGAAAUGUUAUUUCUGGUUUCAAAUGAAGAAAUGCAUAAGCAAAUAUUGAUGACUAUAGGCUUGGAGAACCUGUGUGAAAAUCCAUACUUUAGCAAUCUAAGGCAAAACAUGAAAGACCUUAUUCUACUUUUGGCCACAGUAGCUUCCAGUGUGCCCAACUUUAAACACUUCGGAUUUUAUUGUAGCAAUCCAGAGCAGAUUAAUGAAAUUCACAAUCAAAGUUUACCACAAGAAAUUGCAAGGCACUGCAUGGUACAGGCCAGGUUAUUGGCCUACCGGACCGAGGAUCACAAAACAGGAGUUGGAGCUGUGAUUUGGGCAGAAGGGAAAUCUAAAACCUGUGAUGGAACAGGGGCCAUGUAUUUCAUAGGAUGUGGUUAUAAUGCCUUUCCUGUUGGAUCUGAAUAUGCUGACUUCCCACACAUGGAUGAUAAACAGAAAGAUCGAGAGAUAAGAAAGUUCAGAUACAUUAUCCAUGCUGAACAGAAUGCCUUGACAUUUAGGUGUCAAGAAAUAAAGCCAGAAGAAAGAAGUAUGAUUUUUGUAACUAAGUGUCCAUGUGAUGAGUGUGUGCCUUUAAUUAAAGGUGCAGGCAUUAAACAAAUCUAUGCAGGAGAUGUAGAUGUUGGAAAAAAGAAGGCAGACAUCUCUUACAUGAGGUUUGGGGAACUUGAGGGUGUGAGCAAAUUUACAUGGCAAUUGAAUCCAACGGAAGCUCAUAUUCUGGGACUAAAUGAGUCUGAAAUGAUAGAGAAUGGUAUCUUGAGACCUAAGUUAAUGGAGGAAGAACGUCACCAAAACAAGAAGUUGUGUCUUGGAAACCACUAAAUGAAAAGAAAGUCCUGCCUGAAUCAGAGAAGGAAGCCAAGGGGAUUUUUACUGCACUUUUAAAAUUCAUCCUUGUUGCGUCUGCAAAUAAGGAUGGAGUUUAGGAAAUAAUUGACAAGUAUUUUUAAGGAAGUUAAUUUAUUACUGAAAUGUGAAUAAUGUUAAUGAGAAUAUUUUCAUUUUAGAUUUCCUUGUGUGUUUUCUAGAGUACAAUAAUUUUUUUAUUACACUAAAUGAGGUAUCAACAAUGAAUAAGACUUUUGGUUGGCUGAUUUCUGUUGAUCUGGAGUUUUUAUCCUGGGCCAGUUCUUAGAGUUAAGUAAACUACUUACUUAAAGGGAAAGUAUUCAUUCAGACCAUGAGAUUGUUGAGUAGUUAGCUGCCAUAAAGAAAUGACUGACAACCUCAUGAUCUGGAAAAGUCAGUGCACUCCCGAAAGGUCAGGCUCAUGUCCAGUAUUUAUUAAUCACUAGUAUCUGCUCCAUUUCAAUUGAUUCUUAGAAAAGUAAGAUAAUUUCUGAUAGACCAUGAUCUCCAUUUUGAAAGCUAGUUUUUAAAAUGAUCAUUAAUUAUUCCCAAAUCCUUUGAUAAAUACAAGUCAGAUUGAAUUAUCACUGAAUUAUGGUGGCAGCAGGAAGAAAAUAUUCUGUGACAACAUUCUUGUUCAUUGGCAUUAUCUCUUAAAAAGAUCCAAAUCGAAAAUAUUCCUCAAGUUGGAGGAUAAUUUUAACAAUAAAAUAUUUUAGUGUGAUAAA